AUGUGGUUUGACAUUUGGCGGGAAGCUUCUUUCACUUUUGGGGACUCUGUUUACUAUCAAUCAAACGCUAGGAUCGACUUGAUUUUGGUAUUAAGUGCUCUUAUUUUGCUGUAUUUCAAGUGUAAACAUGGUGCCAGUUCUCCUCCUUUAUGUGGCCGUUGGAUUCCAUGGUUUGGCUGCGCGAUUCAUAUGGGAAAACAACCUCUCAGAUUUAUUAGAAGGAAGUCGCGAAAGUUUGGACCUAUAUUUACAUUAUAUUGUGCUGGUGAAAGGCUAACCUUUCUAACAGAUCCUCAAGAUUUCCAUUAUUUCUUCAACAACCCUGACCUUGACUUUCAAGAAGCAGUUCAAGUCCCAGUUCAAAAGCUGGCAUCAAUAAGCCGUGAAGAGUUUUAUAAAUUUCACACCAAAUUGCAUGAUAUGGUGAAAGGUAGACUGGCACCCAUCAAGAUCGGACAGUUAGGGAACACUUUAAGUGAACAACUUAAUAGGCAAUUUGACAGACACGUAGAUUUAAAAGGCCCACAAGAUUUGAUGGUGAUAACUCAAAGGUGUAUGUAUGCUUCUGUACUGAACACUAUUUUUGGAGAUGGCAACCCCCUUGUCAAUGAUCAGGCUGAUUAUGAGGAGUUCUUAAAGCAGUUUAAAAUUUUCGAUGAAGAUUUUGAGUAUGGUGUUAAACUACCUUCAGUUUUUCUUCCUAAAUGGUCGGCAGCAAAGAGAUAUUUUUUGACAAGAAUAGAAGUUACAUUUAAGAAAAUGAAAGGACAACAUACGCAGUCAGAGAAACUGAACAUGGUAAAUGCUUUGUUAGAGAAAUUAGAUGGAGACAAGGUGACUCACAAGUUUGGAAUGCUUGUUAUGUUUGCAUCUAUUGCUAAUGCUGUACCUGCGGCUUAUUGGAUGUUGACCUACAUUUUGACCAAUGAAAAUGUCCAAAAGAAAGUGUUAGCGGAGUUGAAUGAUGUAUUCAAGGAUUUCAAAGGGAAAAAUGGAAGCUGUAUAAAGGAAGCAGACUUGAAGAAGCUGAAGUAUCUACAUUGCUGUGUGUAUGAGACAAUUAGAAUUAGAAGUGAGGGAAUCAUUGGUAGAAAAGUGGUUAGAGAUACCAAGAUAAAGGGAUUCCAUGUUGCUGCUGGAUCAAUGCUGAUGAUCUCCCCUUAUUUAACCCACCGUGAUGAAAGAUAUUUUGAAGAUCCUGAAGUAUUUAAGCCAGAAAGAUGGGCGGAUGGAAACUUUGAGAAACCAGGCUUUGUGGCUUUCGGUGGUGGUAGAUACCAAUGUCCAGGAAGAUGGUUUGGUAUGAUGAGUAUGCAAACAUUUGUUACAAUGUUUUUUCUCAAGUACACUUUCAAAGUACAUAGUUUGGCUCCAAUUCCUAACAUGAGUCAUCUGAUAGGAGUACAACAUCCACUGUCAGAGUUUCUGGUUUCAUGCAGUGAGAGGAAAUAAUUAUUACUAUGUCUUGCAGAAAAAAAUACUUUUUUCAGGAUCAUUUCUAAAUGAUGAAUAAUAUUGGCUGGCACAACAUAAGAGUUUACUGUCACAUAUGUUAAUAUGUCAUUAUUGUUGUUGUAAAGUUCUUGAUUAUGUUAUAAUGUUUUGUUGUUCACAUUAUGAGUUUACUUGUUAAAGUUUAUUUCUGUUGUUAUAAUAUUUAAUUAUGAUGUUCUUAGAAUUACAUUAAGAGUAUUGAUAGAACUAUUUUAUUAUGCCACCGCAGCAUCUGCGAUGCGGUGGCAUAUAGCGAUUCACCUGUGUGUGUGUUUGUUUGUGUGUGUGUGUGUUAUAUAGAUUAUAUAGUGAACUUAAAAAAUCUUCUUGUGAAAAACCACUAGUCCAAUUUCAACCAAACUUGGCAGGAUUGAUCCUUGGGUGAAGGGCUUCCAAAGUUGUUCAAAGAAUUACAUUCCAUGCAGAAAUCUGGUUGCCAUGGCAACCAAAAGAAAUUAUAAGAAUAAAUUAAAAAAAUCUUCUUGUAAAGACCCAAAAGGCCUAGAGCUUAGAUAUUUUGCAUAACGCAUUGUCUGGUAGACCUCUACCAAGACUGUUCAAAUUAUAGCCCUGGGGGUCAAAAUCGGCCCCGCCCUGGGGGUCAUUGAUUUUCACUAUAUGUACAUGUAGUAAAAACCUAAAAUACCUUCUUGUAAAGACCCAAAAGGCCUAGAGCUUAGAUAUUUUGCAUAAGGCAUUGUCUGGUAGACCCUUACCAAGAUUGUUCAAAUUAUAGCCCUGGGGGUCAAAAUCGGCCCCACCCCGGGGUCAUUGAUUUUCACUAUUUGUUCACAUAGUAAAAACUUAAAAUACCUUCUUUUAAAGACCCAAAAGGCCAAGAGCUUAGAUAUUUUGCAUAAGGCAUUGUCUGGUAGACCUCUACCAAGAUUGUUCAAAUUAUAGCCCUGGGGUCAAAAUCGGCCCCGCCCCGGGGUUCAUUGGUUUUCCUUAAAUGUAUAUAGUAAAAACUUUAAAAAAAAUUCUUCAAGCAAUUGACAAAUGCUGGAGGUUAGAUGUUUUGCAUGAAACAUUGUGAAGUGAACUUCUAGAAAGAUUGUUCAAAUUAUAGCCCUGGGAUCAAAUUGCCCCCGUCCUGGGGGUCAUUGAUUUUCAAUAUAUACAUAUAGUAAAAAGUCAAAAAUCUUAUUGUCUGAAGGUACAAGGCUAAGAGCUUUGAUAUUUGUUAAAUAAUAUCAUCUAUAGGUACUCUACCAAAGUUGUUCAAAUUUUGCCUCUAGUGUCAAAAUUAGCCCCGCCCCGGGGGCAAUAGGUUUUCCUUAUAUGUAUAUAGUAAAAACUUACAAAAUCAUCUUCUCUAAAUUUACAAAGGCUAAAGUUAAGAUAUUUUGCAAGAAACAUUAUGUAGUGAACCUCUAGUAAGAUUGUACAAAUUAUAGCCCUGGGGUCAAAAUUGGCCCCACCCCCAGGGGUCAUUGAUUUUCACUAUGUACAUAUAGUAAAAAAUUAAAAAAUCUUCUUGUCUGAAGGUACAAGGCUUAGAGCUUUGAUAUUUGGUAUAUAAUAUCAUCUAUGAGUCCUCUACUAAAGUUGUUUUAAUUAUGCCCCUAGUGUUAAAAUUACACUGCCCCAGAAGCGAUAGUUUUCCUUAUAAGAUAAAGUAAAAACUUGAAAAUCUUCUUCUCUGAAUUGAAAAAUCUUCUUCUCUGAAUUGACAAAGAUUAGAGGUUAAAUAUAUGGCAUGAGACUUUGCAAAGUGAACCUUUACCAAGAUUGUUCAAAUAAUUGCCCGGGGGUCAUUGAUGUUCAUUAUGUACAUAUAGUAAAAGAUAAAAAAUAUUUUUGUCUGAAGGUACAAGGCAUAGAGCUUAUAAUGCGGUGGCAUAGCAUUUUUCUCAAAUGCAAUCUUGUUUUGUUUAAGUUUUAUCUUUUCUUUGUUUUCAUUGAUUUAAGUUAUUAGAUUUUAUAUGCAGUUUUGAAAGUAAAACAGUUUUAGAUUAAUAUUUCUAUGGAAACAUUGAUAUACCUUUACUUUCCCAGAGUUUAUCCUAUAAUUACAGUAUAUUUGCCAUGAAUGUUUCUUACAUGAAUUACAGGAAGUCACUAUAAAUGGUUGAUACAAACAUACCGUUAUAUAAAGUGGCAAUGGGU